CUGAUCCCAGCAUCCUAUUCUGCAAAAUGGCAAAAUGCCUCCUUCCCUGAAUCAGACCGAGACACCGUCCAUUAUCUGGCGGGACACCGCCCAACCCAAGGACUACGAAAAAGCCCGCACGUGUAGACUCUUCAACGGAAAGCUCCCCGAAAGAUAUCCCACCGCCAUCAUGUUUGCCAAGACAGAGCACGACGUGGUGGAUGCGACGAAGUUAGCGACCGAGAGGAGACUCCGUGUCUCCAUUCGUGCAGGAGGCCACAGUUACGCGGCGUGGAGCGUCCGGGACGACGCUCUGCUUCUGGAUCUGGGCGAGCUUUCCGAGUUGACUCUCGAUAAAACGACAGGCAUCGUGAGUCUGUCGCCAAGUAUCACGGGCAGAGACCUGGACCAAUACCUGGUGGCCAAUGGCCGAGCGUUUCCCGGUGGCCACUGCCCUGAUGUGGCGAUGGGAGGGUAUCUUCUCGGGGGAGGCAUGGGCUGGAACACGAACAACUGGGGUUGGGCGUGUGAGAGCGUGGUUGCCAUCGAUGCAGUGACAGCAGAAGGUCAGCUGGUUCGAGCCGACGCAAACGAAAAUGCAGAACUUUUAUGGGCCGCCAGAGGUGGUGGGCCGGCGUUCCCCGGUAUCGUUACAAGAUUCCAUAUACAGACUCGAUCAGCACCGAAGGUCAUGCGAUCCUCUGUGUACGUGUUUCCCAUGACACAUUACAAGACAGCCUUGAGCUGGGCACUUGAGAUUGCCUCGUCUCUCGAGAAUACUAUAGAGCUUACUGCCGUUGGAAGUUACCAAGAAGGAAUUCAAAGUCCUUGUAUCAUGGUCAUCCUCUUGGCAAUGGGCGACGACAAAGACUUCGUUGAGGAACUCUUGCGGUCUGUAGAGGACUCCCGCCCUGAUGGAGCGUUGUCAGCAUCAGUUUGCAAGGAAACAAGCAUACAGCAAGAAUACGACAACAAAGCCAAAGCGUUUCCAGUCGGUCCGCGAUACAAAGUUGACAACGUCUUUCUUCGCAACGACGCAGAUGUCGUAUCUCUUCUGGAGUCUCCUUUCAACACGCUCCCCACGAGGCAGUCUAUGGUGCUUUGGACGUCCAUGAAGCCACGCAGCAGUCGGCCUCUGACAAAUAUGGCUCUCAUGGGCCGCCACUCAAUCGGCUCUUAUCUGGGCGAAUAUGAUUUUCAAACCCGUGCCUCUGACUGCUGGGGAGCCGAGCAACAUCAGAGAUUGGUCGAGCUCAGACACAAAUGGGACCCUGAUAAUCGGAUCUGCGGAUGUCUUGGGCUAGACGAUAUCUGA